AGGGAGGCGGGCCUUUCUUCCGGAAGUCUUUCCAGCCCUGGGCACCCGAACUGCAGCCACAACCGGAGCCACCCAGUUGCCGAGGGACCUGGGCUGCUGGGGUCCGGACAGGGGUCGUCAUGAUCCGCUUCAUUCUCAUCCAGAACCGCGCGGGCAAGACACGCCUGGCCAAGUGGUACAUGCAGUUCGAUGACGACGAGAAACAGAAGCUGAUCGAGGAGGUGCACGCCGUGGUCACCGUCCGAGACGCCAAGCACACCAACUUUGUGGAGUUCCGGAACUUCAAGAUCAUUUACCGACGCUACGCCGGCCUGUACUUCUGCAUCUGCGUGGAUGUCAGCGACAACAACCUGGCCUACCUGGAGGCCAUCCACAACUUCGUGGAGGUCUUGAACGAGUAUUUCCACAACGUCUGUGAGCUGGACCUGGUGUUCAACUUCUACAAGGUUUAUACGGUGGUGGACGAGAUGUUCCUGGCGGGCGAGAUCCGAGAGACGAGCCAGACAAAGGUGCUGAAGCAGCUGCUGAUGCUGCAGUCCCUGGAGUGAGGCGGCCGCCCUCAGCCCGGCUGCUGCCCGCUCCCGGCCUGGCCCGCCUGGCAGCCGCCCUGGAGGAAGGACCCUGGCAGGGGCCUGGGUCACCAGGGAGGACGCCGCACCCUGCCGCCUCCGGGCCCCAGCGUGGGCACAGGAGGCCACCCCGUGUGUCCUGAGUAACUGUGCCAUUGUCGUGUGAUGCUGUGAGUGUGUGCGCGGAGCCCCCAAUAAACCUGCGUUCCUGCCUGGC